GCGAGCCCGAACGCAAGGCCGGGCAGCCGCUGCGCGCCCAGCUGGGCCGGAGGGCAUGUGACUGCCGGGCGUCGCGGGGGCGCUCCAUCCUUCCCACCGUCCCUCCCUCACCCCCUGGGCUCCUCCCCCGCUGACCGGGCGGUCGCUGGGCCGGGCCCGGGGGCGGCGGCGGCGGCGACCCAGGCUGGACGGACAGCCACGACCUCCCCUGGAUUCUGUCAGCUUUCAAGAGCAAAUGUGCCCUAUAACUCAUGGAAGAAAAACUACAAGUCAAGACAUCUUUGGGUUCCAAGUUGCCGAAAUAUGGAGCAAAAUCUAUAGUCGGCACCCUGCAAUCAGUACCAAAUGGGACAGCUGUUAAUACAUCAGGGAAUUCUACGAGUAGCAGUGGCAAAAAUUUCGUCAAGCACAAUGGCUCUAUUAGUAUGUCUUCCUAUUCUUUUAACUGGAGAAAGUCAAAUAAAUACCAACUCAAUGACCAAAGUCCUAGGGAUUCUCACUCUACCCAUAAUUCAUGUGGCAAAUUAGGUGACCCUGAAAAACAGGUUAAUGCUCAAGAAACAUUUGGUAAAAGUGGAUUAAAGAGGGAUUUGAAGAGUGUUUCAUUACUUACAUCAAAGAUAGCAAAGCCAUCCAAUAUGUUUGUUUCGUCUUCAGAGGAGUUAAACCAAAAGACUUUGUGUGGACUGUCUAGUUCCAGUAAAUUCCCCAAAGCAUCGUUAUUAGGAAGGACUUCAUACUCUUCACUUAGUGCUCCAAAGUCACAGUUAAAUGGGUUUUAUGGAAAUAGAUCAAAUAUAAGUAUGCAGAGGCCUAGAGCAAACUCCUGUACCACGAGAAACAGUUCUGGAGAAAGUUUGGCACAGUCCCCAGACAACAUUAAAUCUUUUACCUGUGAAAAAAUAGUGCGGUCACAGAGCUUUUCACAUUCCAUCCAGAAGUCUUUCCUUCCACUUUCAUCCAUAACUAGAUCACAUUCCUUCAACAGGGCUGCAGAUCUUGCAGGGCCUUAUCAAAACCAACAGUUGUCCAUUAGAGUGCCUCCAAGGUCAAGUAUGCAGUCAAAAAAUGUAAGAUCAGAGGUUCUCAAUAGAAAUGAACAUUUAGCAUUUGGAUUUAAUAGGCCCUAUGCUGCUUUUUCAGGCUCAGGUUUAAAGAAGUCGGCUUUACCAAAUGGCUCAGGGGUGUCAUCUUUUGAUUAUAGGCUGGGUCGAACCUCUUUACUGAGCCCGAACAGACCACAGUUUACUGGAAAGAUUAUAGUGGAUGAUAAUAAAAAUUCAGCUGCUGUCAAAUGUGUAUUGGAGGACUCCUCAGUUUUGGGUAAUGAUGGAGCUACUGAGAAGGAAGAAGACUCGAUAGAAAAUUAUAGUUCUAGAACAGAAAGUAGCCACGGCAUAAAUGAUAACGUGUUGGAGGUUGAUAUAAAAGUCAGAUACCUGAGUGAUGAUGUGGAUGAAAUAUCCCUUUCAUCUUUAUCUUCUUCUGAUAAGAAUGAUUUGAGUGAAGACUUUAGUGAUGAUUUUGUAGAUAUAGAAGACUCAAACAGGACUCGGGUAACACCAGAGGAAGUCUCACUCAAAGAGGAAAAUCUUGGAAGUGUUCCGCUAGUGGAUCCAUUUGAUUCACUGAAAGAAAGUGAAAAACCUUUCAGUAAAACUGAUGAAUGGAUUGAUAUCAGUGUUCCAGUAGAAGACAAGAAUGAAUGCACUAAGCGUGCCACGGAGAAUAAUCUGAUUUCUCCAGAUAUGGAUUACAGAGCUGGUUCUUCAUUUGAACUCUCACCAUCUGAUAGCUCUGAUGGAACAUACAUGUGGGAUGAAGAGGGUUUGGAGCCCAUUGGAAGUGUCCAUCCAUGUGGAAGUUAUGAGUCUUCAGAAAUGAACAGCAUAAUUUUGAAUUCCAGAUUCUCUCUCUCCCUCCCACCCCAUGAGAAGGAUAUCCUGAAUAAUCUUGACUCAUGUGACCUUGAAGAUGAUGAUCUCAUGCUUGAUGUGGACCUGCCUGAGGACGCACCUCUCGAAAAUGUGGAGUGUGAGAAUAUGAACCGCUUUGAUGGAUCAGACAGAAGUGUUCGACAGCAUCAGGAAGGCUUUUGGAAAAGGCCGCCCCAGAGAUGGAGUGGCCAGGAACACUACCGCCUGAGCCACAGUGACAGCUGUCAUCAACAUGGGAAAACGGACCUGAGCAGAGGAUCUCCAUAUAGGGAAUCUCCUCUGAGUCAUUUUGAAGGCUACAGGGGAAGCAGUCUUUACCAGGGUCCUCGGAUGUUGGUAGAUGUACCCGAACAUGCUGUGAUGCUGGAUGAAAUGACUCUUUGGCACAUGGUCCAGGACUGCACUGCUGUAAAAACCCAGUUGCUUAAGCUGAAACGUCUGCUGCAUCAGAAUGAUGGGAAUGGCUCACAAGAUGUUCAACUAUCAUUGCCGUCAAGUCCAGAACCAGAACCAGAGGUCGGGGAUCAGAUAUAUAAGAAUGAAGAUCUAUUAAAUGACAUAAAACUCCUUAAAGAAGAAUUAAAGAAGAAGGAUGAAAAAAUCCAGCAGUUGGAGCAGCAGCUCGCCACUAGGUGUAAAUGCCACCAGAAUUCUAAAGGGGAGAAGUGCACAUAUGCCGAUAAAUACACACAAACAUCCUGGAGAAGAAUUUCUCCUCAAGUACUACAGCCUUCCAGCAACCUUCCCAGGCCCACAGACCACGCCCAGGGAAAGCUAAUAAAGCCACAACACAUCGAGGCCCACAGUGAAAGUCCUGUUGUGGGCUUACAUCAGGAUGUAGAACCUCUAAAUGAAAAGUUUGCAGAUGAUUUUCAACAAAAAAGUGAUUAUGGCCUCACAGAACUGCCCCAGUCAUUAAAAUCACCAUUAAUUAUGAAGGAAUUUGCUAUGAAUAUACCUUCUGAAGAACACCUGAGUAUGACAGGGAAUGUUUCAAAGCCUAAUCAGUUGACUGGUAAUAAAAUGAGUGAACUGGAAUCUGCACCCUCUUUCCAAGUGAGUACAGGAGAAGACCAAGCUCAGAAAGCUGUGAAAAAUCAGGCUUGGCCCAUAGCUGGUAUUGCCCAUCCAAAGGCCUUGCGGCUUCAAAAGCCAUCAGUCGAGAAUUCUUUGGUACCUUUUCCAGGGACCAUUUCUGAAUCAUCGCACGAUAGACCAACAGCUUGCAAGACAUCAGAGUUAACAACAUGUAAUCCAGCAAAACUUCAAACGAGUCAGACAAGCUUAAUAAGUAAGCCGAAUCAGAAAGCUUCUAAACUUCGCCCACCUUCAGUCUCCUCUCUUAAACAGAAGCAAAUAAUAAGCAGUCCCAAACAAGAGCCUCAGAACUUCCAAGGCAAGACAAACAUCCCAAGGCCACUGACACAAAGAAGAGAGAUCAUGCAACAUCAGACUGCCAAUUUCCACUCUGGGGAUUGUUUGACCUCUAAACGGUAUUCUCGUCUCCCUAAGCCAAAGAUACAUUAAGGACAUAAUCAUCACAUGCCCAUUUCUUUGGAAAGAUUUGUUCAUGCUAUAAUUGUUUUCCAUACAUCUGAUUCCCAUGGUGAAGGCACUAUUAAAAAGCCUGCAGUUCUUGAUAUUAAAACUUAAAAGCUUCAAUUAGUUUGGCUAUUCAAUUCCAUAAGCUAGUUGAAGCCUACGCCGUCUGAAUAUUCAUUGUCUCAGGUAAACACAGAUGUUUGUUUAUCCAUCUCAGAGGCCUGCAGAAGAAAAUUCAGUUUGUUACUCCCCACCGAAAAUUUAUGCUUUACCACAGUAUUCCACUAAAUAUUCAAGGUGUAUGGUUUGCUGACAUAGUCCUUUUUAUAAUCCUUAUUAAUCAUGAUGAUUUAAAAUGUGAGUGUUUUUUGUUUACCCCAACCUUUGACUAUAACCCGUUUAAAAGGCUAGAGAUGUUGGUAGAAAUGCACAUCUCUUAGCAGGUUAUUGGCUCGUACUGUAUUUCAGAGGCUUUAUCUUCCCUGGCCUUCUCUGAGUAUCAGGCAAAUCUCCCAGGCUGAAGGGCAUCAUAUUAUGUGUAAACAUCUAUGCAUUGCUGUAACAUCUCAUUGGCAUAAUUUUUAUGUUCAAUUGAUAUUGUUACUGGGUAAAUUUUGGAAAUGGAGCUGAAGAUGCAUCUAUUUGCAAAACUUGAAGAUGCUAAGAGUUUUGCUGGUGAUUGAGUCUUGAACUUAUAAGGUUAAGGAUUCAUGAUACCUGUGUUUAAAGUUCUACAUAAUAUAUUUUAAAUUAGGUCUUUUAACUUUAUUGUAAUAUUUGUAUUUAUUGACUUUCUGCUAAUAUCAGAAGACUCUGAAGUACCUGACUUGAAAUGUUUGCACAAAACUUUGAUGUAUGUAUAGGGAUUUAAAACUAUUUUGCAUAAUAAAACUUGUGUUUAAUAAGUAAUAUUUUGAGAAAAA